AUGAAUCUGUUUAUAUUAAUCACAACAACAUUAGUUUUAUUUCUUCAAUUAAAUGGUCUAAUACAAUGUGGUUCUGAUCGAACAACAACAGCUAUUGUUAAUAUUUAUUCAAAUUUUGCUGAAAUCGUAGAAAAACUCGAUGACAACAGUCGACCAACAAUUGAAUUUUCUGAAAAAGAAUGGGAAAAUAUUCGUUCUGAUACAAUAAUCUUAAUUUGUCCAACUGCAAACAUUACAGUCACAUCGCAAACUGUGACCGAACAGAAACGAUCAUUAAAUGGUGAAAAAAUAUUCAUACGUGAUAAUGUUAAUAAAAGUGCUCCAAUUAUGGAAGUAACAAUGAUUGAUGAAACAAAACAUCUUAUUGAAGAUCGAACAUCAAAUAAAGGUCAAUCGUUAUAUUAUACGAUUAAUACCAAGAGACAAGAAAUCCUUCAAACAAGUUUACCACCAACAAGUAAAUAUUUGGUUUCAUUCACCUAUCGUAAAUCUAUAUCAUUGGGUGAUAGCCAAGAACAACCACAAUUAUAUGUUAGCUAUUUGUAUUCAAAAUUAAAUUGGAGAGUUCGUUAUCAACUCUUAUUAUCAACAUUGACAAACAAUUCAGUAUUAUUGAACUAUGCUGAUAUUCGAAAUGAUGGAUUAAACACAAUUAAAAUUGAUCACGGGGAAUUAUUUAGUGGUGAUAUUAAUAUACAAAUGAACCAACAACGAAUCUAUACACAAAAUCGAUUCACCACUAAAAUGCCGGGGCAGCAAAACUUAUUUAACGCACAGUACCAUCAGGAAGCAUCGCUACCAUCGAUAGAAAGUAGCGGAACCGAAUUGGCUGGCAUAUAUAAAUUUACAAUCAAUAAACCAUUUGAAAUUGAACCAAAAACGAAUUAUUUGUUGCCCAUGUUCGAACCAACUGUGUAUGUCAGACGUUUUGGUUUAAUUGAUAAAGUGUUUAAUAAAUAUUCUUUAACAACGAAUGAUAAAGUACAACGUUCCUAUUGUUUGUUAUCAAAGGAAUAUUUACCAAAAGGUCAAGUUAUACUUCGUGAAGAUGGUUAUCUUGUUGGAGAAACUGCAUUUCCCAAUUUGGCAGCAAAUGAAAAAUAUACAUUUUCAAUUGGUCAAGAUGCUGAUAUAACAUAUAAUGAACAAAUUCAUUUAUUAUCAACAAUUAAAUUCAAUGAUACAUCGAGAAAUGUGACAAUUACUCGGUUAACCUAUGAAAUUCAUUUAAAAAUAAACAAUCAUAAACAUCGUGUAGUAUCAAUUGGAUAUAAACAACAAUUUCCAACAAUGAAGAAAUUUAAUGCGACCAUCGGCCAUAGCCAUAGCCAUAGCCAUAGCAAUAGCAGUAGUUUGUUCUUUUUGAAUCCUGACAAUAAACAACAAGUCAUGGCCACAUUUGAUGUAGAAGCUGACAAAGUGGCAACAUACAAAUAUGGAGUUAUCAAUGAAGAAGAAUGA